AUGACUGAAAGUUCUUUAGAUCUCCAGGAGCUAGAAAAGUUAAGAUCCACGACUUGUAUAGAUGAAACACCAUGUCCGAAGGAGAGUGAUCCAGAAAAAACUCAUAAAUGGCAAAUAAUUUUAGAGCCAGCACUGGUUGGUGCAAUGAUGGCGAUCAACCUUGGUCAGACUUCUUUGCAGAACUUUUACCUGCGGACAGCUUGCAGCGUAGAUUUGGGCUAUUCAAUAGAAAUUUGUCGAAAAGGUGUAGGAGAAGAAUUUCGAUCAGCUGAGGCAGAAAGUCAAGUUAUCGUAUCUGGUAUCAACGUGAGUAGGAGUUUUGUGGGGUUAUUAAUUUCAACAAUAGUUCUAUUAUUUGUUGGCCCGUGGAGUGACUGCAGUGGAAGAAGGAAGCCGCUACUUAUCCUACCCUUACUUGGAAUGUGCGUUAUGACAACAGGAGUGCUUUUAAUGCUCACGUUUCCUGGAGCUACCACUAUGCAAGUGCUUUACGCUGUUCAGAUUCCCAUAUCAUUGGGUGGCAAUUUCGGCUUACUAUUAGCAGCGUCCUUCAGCCAUAUUGGUGACCUAUGCCAUGCCACUGGACGUGAUGUGACGCGCACGAUGGGAACCCAUCGGGCCGCGAUACAAAUAGCUCACGUGGUGGGUUCCGUGAGUGGGCCCCUCCUGUACCGGCGCCUCGGAUUCUACGGUGUGUUCCCACUUGUUUUAUUACUACAGGUAUCAUCCCUUAUCUAUGUGAUAGUGAGGGUCAAAGAUGUCAAUGUCAAUCGUGAGAACAAAGUGUCUGUGUUAAACUGGAGACUGCCGUUCAACGCCGUUCAAUGUCUGUUGAGAAAACGGGAGGGCAACAAGCGAGUGAUCAUUCUACUCAUGCUCGUAGUGGGACUUGGAGACAGAAUUUUACUUUCUGCGGAGGUACUUUUGGCUUACAUGUUCUACAGAUAUAAGUUCCAAUGGGACGAUGUCAUGUUCGGAUCUUUUCUCGCUUACAGAAACACAAUUAGUUUUAUUGGUACUCUUCUUAUCCUCAACGUCCUGAAGCGUCGACUCCGUCUAUCAGACGAGGUGGUGGGGGUCCUGAGUUGCGUAUCCUACAUGCUCGCUACCAGCUCUCUCAUACUUGCGUCCACUACUGUCUUCGUAUUUAUGAUUCCUGGAAUCGGCAUUAUAUCCCAGGGUUCCCAAGUGGUGCAGCGGCCAUUACUAAACAAACAGAUACUGCCAACAGAACAAGGUAAAAUCUACGGGAUACUGGGUGCUCUAGAAUCGGCAACUCAAACCUUUUCAUCGCCCUUAUAUUCACUGCUGUAUACAAAAACUGUGUCGACUCUACCCGAUGCUUGGCUCAUACCGGGCAUCGCUUUAGCGUUAUUACAACUACUUUCAUACUUAAUAACCAAAAGACUGCGAAAUAUACAACCAGAUAGUACUAUACAACAAGAAAAAAAUAUACCCCUUCCGGUUAUAGAGAAAGGCACAGAUGCUACCAAAGACAAUGAUCUCAUAUUAAAAGAAGCUAGUAAUAACACAAAAGAUUCUUUAUAAAUUUCAAUAUUGUAUUCGUAUUUACUAUUAUCGAAUAAAAUUUAUUUUUGUAA